UGGUGGCGGCUCUCAGAGGCCAGGCGAGAGCAGAGCUGCCCUGGCUACUAUGGGGAUUAGCACCCGCCGCGGCCGCGGACUGGCCUCCAUCACCGCCAACCUGCCCUGGCCGCCAUGUUGGGAGGAAACGACGCGUCACGCAGCGGCCAAACGGCUGCAGAGGAGGAAGCGGCGGCGGCGGCGGCGGCGGCGGCGGCGCUGGCGCUGCCUGCCCAGAGCUGCCGCGGCGCCGGGAGGCUGGGGGCGGAGGGCGGUGCGGGAGGAGCGGCCCGAGCCGCAGCGCUACGGCGGCCCGGCGGGGCCUCCCGCGUUCGCCUGCAGGGCGGUGUGGGGCGUGGCGGGCGUCCUGUGGCGCCGCGCCCAGCACUUCGGGCUGUUGUCUGCGGCCGGCCUGCGGGACCAAGGAUCCCCCUACUCGGCACCCCUGCUCCUGCCGGGUGAACAGGACUCCUGGCUACUCUGCACCGGCUUCUCUAACUUUCUGAUGGAAGUGCAGUCCUUUGCCUUCGAAGGGUCACAGGAACACCCGCAUCGCCGGUUCUCAGCCGCACUGGGUCUCCGCCUGCAGCGCUCGACUCUAAAAUUUCCUUCCCCUGUAUGCGGAACUGCCCUCCAGGACUGCGCUCUCCGACUACCUCAGGGAGGAUUCUCUUUUGGGAAAAAUUGCCUUAGCUUGCCCUCACGCAAGCAUCCAAACCUAAGGAAGGAGAAACUUAAGUGACUUGGUGAACUUAUUGAAGUGACCAGAUAUGGGAAGGCUAAAACCCAGAGGAAAUAAAAUGGAAAACUUGAAGGUGACAAAUUAAAGUGGAAAAUAGAUUAAUUUUUUUAAACUUUAUUGUCCUGAGAAACAAAUCUGUAAAUUCACUAAUUUUAUUUUAGAGAAAAUCUCUAGAUUCCUGGAAAUGAAGGAUUCAUUAUACUCUUAGAUCAGAUAUAAUACUGAUUUCUGGGUAUACAUUAAUAAACUUUUUUAGAACAAGUUCCAUUUCAUUUUUUUUCUUCCCUUCUUUCACAGGUGUUGCUCCAUUUCUAAUUGAUCUUUGUUUCUUCAUAAUGGAAUGUUGUGCCAGGUACUGUUGAAGGUACUAGCUGAUCACCAGACCCAUUUACUCUUCUGAGUAGAGAAUUGCAUUGUCCAGCCUCUUUUGAAGUUAGGUGUAGCCAUCCAGCCUUAACCCAUUGUUAAAAAAACAAGAAGAAACCCCCACAAGCAAUCUUUCAUGCUUUUCCCUUAUUUUUUUUAUUUUUUUUUUUUUUGGUAGAGAUGGCAACUUACUAUUGUUGAACUUCUGGCCUCAAGCAGUCCUCCUGCCUCAGCCUCCCAAAGUGCUGAGAUUACAGGCAUAAGCCACCAUGCCCAGCCUCUCUUUUUACUCCUAUGGCCGCAUGCUGAAGAUGGCAGAACCACUAGUUAGGAGUCUUCGUUCCUGAAUUGGAACUCUUGGAGAAGAACCAUCUACCCCAUUAGGAAUACCUAUUUUGGACUUUACAUGAAUGAAGCAGACUCUUCAGUUAUGUUUAGCAGUCAGCUUUAUCCUUGGGAUUCAUCGAUGAACAAGACAAGCUGGCACCUGUAGUCCAGCACUUUGGGAGGCCAAGGCAGGAAAAUGGCUUGAGGCCAGGAGUUCCAGAUAAAACUGGGCAACAUAGCAAGACCCUGUCUCUAUAAAAAAUAAAGAAAAAUUAGCCAGGCACAGUGGCAUGCACGUGUAGCUGCAGCUACUCAGGAGACUGAGGUGGGAGAAUCACUUGAAUUCAGGUGUUCGAGGCUGCAGUGAGCUACGAUAUGAUAGUGCCAUGGCAUUCAUAAUCAUCUUGUCUGCUUGCUUUGCUUGCUGAUUGGUUGCAUGUUUCUCUGUCAUCUGUUAUAUUGCUGGCAUAGAGAAGGCCUUUGCCGGCAAUAUAAUAGAUAAUAUAGAGAACACUUAUAUACUGCACACUUAUAGAAACUUGGAUAAAUGAAAGGCACCAGGCUAAGUCAAGCAUGAUACCUGCCCUUUUGGACCUUACAGUAUAGAGUAGGAAAAAGAUAUUAAGUCAGUAGUGAAUAUACAAUUACAAAUCUGUUAAGUAUGAUUAAAGAAUAGAGUGCUGUGAGGGAAUCUGCUUCGGAUUGCAGAUUCAGGAAUGGCUUCCCUGAAGAAGUGGCAUUUAAAUUGAAACCUGAAGGAAGAAUAGACAUUAGCCAGACUAAGUCAUGAGUAACUUUCCAGACAAAGUCUUUUGGGGUAGGAGGAAACUUGGCAAGUUUCAGGAAACAAAACAAGACAAUGUGGCCAAAAGUUAGGAUCAAGGGGAAUGGUGCCAGUCAGGAUGAAGAGGGAGCUAGGAACAAGAUCAUUCAGAAUCUUGCGGGCCAUGUUAGGGGGUUGCAAUUUCAUCCUAACAGCAAUAGAAAUGCAUGGAAAGGUUUUAAAAGUGGGGGAUGAAGUAAUCAAAUUGGUGAUUUAAAAAUAAUCCCUCUGUUACGUGGAGAAUGGAUUGCAGGGAGACAAGUAAGAAUGUGGCAAAACAUUAAGGAAUUGAUUACAAUGACCAAUGCCUUGGUCGGGUCCAGGGUCACCAAGCAAGGUUGUUGAGAUCAUUCCCUGCACAACGGGGCAAGUGGGGCUGAAAUGCAGCCC